UUCUGGGGUAAGGACAGCACAGCCUCCCGUCACAUAGCAACUGGUGGUGGACCACAAUGCAACAAGUCCUAGAAUAUGCAUUGGAUCGGGCUGAGUACAUUGUUGAAAGUGCCCGUCAGCGACCGGCCAAGAGACGAGCAUCAUCUAGUGGGAGAAAGUCUUUGUAUCAAAAACUCUAUGAAUUGUACGUCGAAGAGUGUGAAAGGGAGCCAGAGCUGAAGAAGCUGAGAAGAAAUGUGAAUCUACUCGAGAAGCUGGUCUCACAGGAGUCUGUCUCGUGUCUUGUGGUAAACCUGUAUCCGGGAAACGAAGGAUACUCACUGAUGCUCAGAGGAAAAAAUGGAUCUGACUCUGAGACGAUCCGGCUCCCCUACGAGGAGGGAGAGCUCCUGGACUACUUGGAUGCCGAGGAGUUGCCGCCCAUCCUGGUGGACCUAUUAGAAAAGUCGCAGGUGAACAUAUUCCACUGUGGUUGUGUCAUCGCUGAGGUCAGAGACUACCGACAGUCAGGGAAUGCCAAGAUGCCCUCCUACCAGAGCCGUCACAUACUGCUGAGACCCACCAUGCAGACCCUGAUCUGUGACGUCCACGCCAUGACGAGUGAGCAUCACAAAUGGACACAGGAUGACAAGCUGCAGUUAGAGAGCCAGCUGAUCCUGGCCACUGCUGAGCCCCUCUGUCUGGACCCCUCCAUCUCUGUCACCUGCGCUGCCAACCGCCUCCUCUACAACAAACAGAAGAUGAACACGCGCUCCAUGAAACGGUGUUUUAAAAGGUACUCGCGGUCGGCGCUGAACCGGCAGCAGGAGACGGCUCACUCACCCACACCCCCACAGCUGCGACUCUUUGACUACCUACAGAAAAGGAAAGAGAGGAAACAGGCCCCUUCAAUAGACCUGAAGAUCUCCAAGGCCGGAAACUGUGUGGACAUGUGGAAGCAGAACAGCUGCCAACUGACCGUCCCGGCCGAGAUCGACGUGGACAGGUACGCUGUGGUGGAGAAGUCAGUCAAACUGGAGGACUCUCAGCCCACAGUGUGGCCUGCACAGGACGUGAAGGACGACUACAUCUUUGAAUGUGAGGUGGGCGGCCAGGUCCAGAGGACCAAGGUCACCAUCUUCCAAUCGGUCGGAGACCCUCUGGUGUACGGGAAAAUCUUCAGCGCCAAAGACUCCAGAUCGGAGGAAGACCCCACAGACCUCCACCUCAUCCACCCACCCUUCCUUAUCGGCUCAAAGAUAGAUGCUGACAGGUUUUUGACGCAGUAUAAGGAGGUGUAUGAACGAGACGUGAAGUGCCAGGUGAAGAUGUUGCACAACUCUGGGAGUGUCGGGACCCAGAGCCAGCUGUCCCCGGGCAGGGAGACAGAGGUGAGAGACUUCUCGGCGUUGGUCCAGUCCUCGGUUCUGGGAAAAGGAGUAAAGCAUCGACCUCCUCCUAUCAAACUGCCAGCAGGCUCAGGCAGCACCUCCUCAGGUAAUCCAUACAGCACCCCGGCCUCCGGGGGCCAUCUGAAGUGUCCGACCCCCCCGCCCACUAAGAGUCAGUCCAUCUCCCGCAAGCACUCCAUGGAGCUGAGUCAAGUCGGCUUACUGUCUCCUGCAGCUCUCUCUCCUUUGAGUUCAGCACAGAGAUCGGGGACGCCCAAACCAUCCACCCCCACCCCCACCAACACGCCGUGCUCCACGCCGCAUCCCGCCGAGGCCCAGAACGCCACGCCGUCGGUGACGCCCACGCCGCAGGACACGCCCCUUCCCCAGCAGCCCACGCUCCUCACGCCGUUCGCCCAGCAGCAGAUGGCUCUGAGCCAGGCCCUGCCGGUCAUGACCAUCCCCCUGCCCACCUCUAUCACCACGGGAACCACCUCCUCCCAAGUCAUGGCCAACCCCGCGGGGCUCAACUUCAUCAACGUCGUGGGCUCCGUCUGUAGUCCACAGACUCUGAUGAGCGGGUCGAACCCCAUGCUGGGCUGCAGUCCCGGGGCUCUGGCCCCAGGCGUGAACCUGAGUGGGAUUCUUUCUCCAGGUGGUCUCAUGUCGAGCACCCUACCCACCAUGCAACCUACACCACAAGCAGGUGGUCCCUUUAGUUUGAACAAUACGCCCGGUCUGCGGCCUCUGAAUCUGCUUCAGAUCCCCACGGGCCCACUCAUCUUCAACCCACUACAGCAGCAGCAGCUCUCCCAGUUCUCCCCCCAGCAACAGAGCAGCCAGUCUGCCACCUCCAGCCCCCAACAGCAGGGGGACUCACAGGCGGAGCAGGGGAUGGGUGGGACGGAGCAGAGUUUGGCCACCCAGCAGACAGCUGUGAUUAACCUGGCAGGAGUAGGCGGGUUCAUGUCCCCGCAGGCUGCAGUUGCAAUUCUUGCAGCACCAAAUGCAACAGCAGCAGCAAACGGCUAUGGCAGCGGGAGCGGCGGCUCAGGCCCAGCCGCCACGGCAACAUUCCGCCAGCCAACAAAGAAGUAAGAGGAAAAGAAGCACGCCGCAGCCCCUCCCCAAAUCAUGACGAACGAACCAACCAACCAAUGAA